ACAUUUGACAUAAGAUAGCAUAACCUAAACCUAUUCAAAUCUUUAUUGUCGAAUUGUUUUUUCAUAUAAUUAUAUUUUGUUUCAGUCAAAAACAAUGUUCAAAAAAAAGACUGAUUUGGCCCCCUGGCCUAAACCACCUACUAAUGAUCAAGUGUUGGAAGACGUGAAUCUUGCUACAAAAGAUGAUCCAGUCUUUGAAGAGGAAUUGCCUACAAAGACAGCAUCCACCAAUAGGAAUGAGUCAGAUGUUGGAUAUGAGCGUCUGAAGGGGUUUCUUGAUGUCAAUAAGAGUUUGGAAAAAGUUAUGUGUGAUCUGGAAGAUCGAAAUAGCUGCUUGCAAGGAUACAGUACAGACUUACAAAAAAUGGUAGAAGACAUUAGACAAACUGCGUUUGAAGCUCUUAAGUAAUAAAGUUGGUGUUGACUGAUUAUAAUAAACUAUUUAGCAAUUUUCAAAACUGCGGUGGAUAACCUGUUUGCUAUAGCUUGAUUGAAUUCACAGAAAAUUUGUGUAGUACGAUACCAGUGUACUCUGUUUACAACUCAACUCUUCAUCUUAAUGUAAAAGACCUAUUUAUAUAUAUUCAUUUACUUUUACAUUGAAAAUGUACGCAAAUCAAAUGAAUCAUUUUUCGUGAUUUGGCAACAUAGAUAUUCUGUCUUAACUCGUUUUAUUCACAAUUAUUGUGAAAAUUGGUCGGGGACAGUUUUGGGCAUGAAACUGUUGUACUUUCAUUUGAGUAUAAUAUUAUUUGUGCAUGAUGAAAUAAAGAAUUGGCAUUAUCAUGUUA